AUGUCUAAGAGAGAUCGCGACGGCAACAUGCGGGCCCACGAACCCAAGCAGAAGCCGGCAGCCCCCGAGUCGCAGUUCACCCCCAUGUUCAUGAACUUUCGCAAUGAGCUCGACCAGCACCACGAUCGGAGGGAACGCGUUAUCAAAGCUUCUAGAGACGUCACAGCCUUGAGCAAGAAGAUGGUUAACAAGCUGGGCGACCUCCCCAACUUCGCAACUAAGGAAAUCGCCACCCGCAUGGAGGAGAUCAAGAACCACCUCACCGCGAUCGAGUCCGACAUUCAGGGCAUCAACCGCUACCGCUACGCCUACUCCCUCCGCUGCCUGGAGGAGCUGGUCGAGGCUCUCUCCUUUUCCCACUACCUCCGGACCCAGACCCUCAUCAGCCCCGAAGAAACGGCCGCCGCGGUGCCGGCCAACGUCUCCAUUACCGAGAACGACUACAUGUACGGCCUCUUCGACCUAUUUGGCGAGAUGAUGCGCUUCGCCACCGUCACCACCGCCCAGACGGGCCAGCUGGCCGGUAUAGAGGGCCGCAACAUCCUGCAGGACAUUCACGAGCUGAGCAGCUGCUUCGAGAUCCUCCCGGAGAUCCCGACAAAGGACUUCAGGGGCAAGAUGGAGGUCAUGCGGCAGUCGGUGCGCAAGGUGGAGAAGCUGGGCUAUGGGUUAGCCAUCCGGGGCACCGAACGGCCCAAGGGCUGGGUGCCCGACAUGAAGGAGGACUUUGACCCUUCUUCAUUGGAUUGA